AUGGUAAAAUCCGUCGUCGGGGAGGAGACGCGUCUGCAGUUCGCCGAGAACAGACUCUUCCAGUCGAACCUGCUGGCCCAGGUCAGCAUGAGGCCGCCGCCUGUCCUCCCUCUAAAAUUCUCGGCUUCUCUCUGUGGCGCACCAAUGGAGUUCUUCUGCAGGUGGGGCUGGUAGUAGGAAAGCUGAGUUCGGGUUUGGACCGAGGGUUCGUCUACGACCUCGUCCCCACCGCGCCCACCGAUGACGGUCGACUCCCAUGCUCGCUUCCCGAGAUUGUCGGCGGCUCCGGCAGGGACGACAAGAGGAAGGGUUCCAAGGGUGGGGGCGGGAAAUCUCCGGCGGAGGCGCCGGCUCCUCUGAUCAUCGAUGUCGACUGGGUCGCGGAGCAUGCCCGUCAGGUUUGCCUGCAGCUCCCCUAAUUAUGUUUCGGUCGGAUCGAGCAAAACCCCAAUUCUGAAUUUUGACGAGGGUGACGCCGUUCCAUGCUUUGGGGUCUGCCUAAGGUCUGUUCAUCUGUUUCUAGGUGGCCAGAUUGCUGCUGGGUGGCAUGCACGUUGUCGGGAUCUAUGUGUGGACUUCCGAGAGCUCGUUCAAGGCUUCUAGUCUGGUUCUCUGGCAGGUUAAGAACCACUUAUUUCUGCCUUAUCAUCCAUCACCUUCUCUUCCCCUUACGUAGAGGAUCCUUUCUUAAUGCCUACUUUGUCGGCGCGACAUCCGCUUUGCAGACGGUGCGGGAGGUGGCUCAAGCAACACCGUUCUACGAGAAUGACCCGCAGGAGAGGCUUCUCGUCCAUGCCUCGUACAGCCCGAGAAGGUGCGUGCCAAAGAAGCCUCGGAGAAAGAUGCCCGACGGCGUUUUGUUUUUUUUUUCCUGUCAUGAAAUUAGCCUGCUUAUCAUUUAUAUUAGCAAAUAUCUCUCGUGCUUGCCUCAUACGCUGCGCUUCAUUUACUGUUCAAUGUUCCACUGUGUUUUGUGCUAUCCACGCCAAUGGUGAGGAGAGAGGAGGAUAUCCGCUAGGAUGUCGGCAGCAUUAGGAGAUGGGAUAUCAACGUUCCUUGUUAACAUUAUAGUUGACUGAACAGAAGGAGGUGCAGGCCUUUGUUCGGUUGUAUCUCUCCCCAUGCUGGCUGGUCGUCCAAGUUGCCUCGGAACCAUGAAUGUUUUACAUCUAGAGAUGGCCAUGCCAAGUCGACAGUGAUGGGUAGCUGGGAUUAGUGUAUCAGGCAUUUCUAGUUCUAUGGUGCGUAGUCUCUAAACUCAACCCCAAUCAGGAGUCAACAAAAGAAAUGGUGUCACUGGAGGGAACUCUGAAGGGACAUCAGUUUAGUAUGUAUGCUGUAAGAAGGGCUAUUGUGCCUAUGUACUUUGUGCGAGGAAACCUUGCGCUGGUAGCUGCCCAGACCAAUUUAAUUCAUUUGAGUUUUUAUUCGCCUGCAGGCCCCCUUGUGUUUAUUGAUACGUUGCUCGCAAUAGCUGACGUCAUGAGUCUAGCCCUGUAGAUCAUUCAGAGGUUGUUACAGUACGUGCUCAUGGCAUUUCAUGCAGAGUCUCGUGCUGGCAUUAAUUCUACCGUCUAAAAAGUAUUAUUUGCAAAUGUAUACUUCUGUUUUGUGGACUCAUCUGGGGGGAGUAUUAGGGCUGUUUUUAUCUUCGUCUCUAAAUAUACUAUGGCAGUUGUGCUUGUGAUCCUUGUGUGUUUGAUCUUCCUUCACUUGUGGAAAUCCAUGUGAUUCAAUGUGGAGAAAUCAGGUUCCCACGUGGUGCCUGCUUAGUCUUGCCUUUAUUUUCAUUUUUUAUAUCAUUAAUUUUGAGAGUAGUAUCUACUCUCAAGAUUAUUUUCUUUUUUUCCAUUAGAUGGAAGAGCGCUGCUAUCUCACUGAUUGCUGUCCACUUAAAAUUAGCGCUGGAAUGUUUUGGAGUACGGCAUUGAAUAUGUCAUUCUUCAUCAGAAGAACUAAUCAUUCAUGGUGGGAACUGUAUUUUACUGGCUGAUUCUUCUAAACAUUAAAAAAAAAUACCUGAUGGGACUAAAUGUUAAAAUCAGUUGCUGCACCUUGCUGAGCACGCUGCAUUGCUCUAUUUCUAGUCGAUCUGUAAGACCUCUGCCUGCCUUUGUGCAUUUUCUGUUUAUUUUUCAUUUUUUUAUUCAAGAUGAUAGUCAAAUGCUCUAUUUUUCGCGUCAAGUUUUCUUUUUUGAUUGGCUUUGUAUUAGAUAUACCUCUACUCACCAGAAAGCUACCUUUAUUACUGUUGAACAGAUGGACCUGUAGAAACUGUAUCCUAGCAUCAACGAACGUAUCAACCAAUCUAAGGCCCUGUGAUUUCAAAUGGGGAAAACUUCUGGGUUCUCUUCAGUUAUUUCGAUGCAUUUACAAGUUUGACCAAAGGUAACUGUUCUGCCUUCUUCAACACCAUGGGUUUGUUGCGUCACCUAUAAUUUGACCUUGGAACGGAGUCAUUUGGUGAAAAAUAUGAGUCAUCAAAAAAUUACUCCACAACAUGUUUGUGCUGCUACUGGUCUCUGCCGACGGUUAAUUUAUUACUUCCCCAAAGGGCUGUUCUUUUGUUAUUUCCUUGUCAUUUAUACUUGUCUUUUGAUAAUUGACUGCACACUGGGGCUUCUUAGAACCUCUGGAUCAGGAGAUAAAGGAAACAUACCUCGUUAGUUUUUUUUUUUUUAAUCUUCUUUCUGAAUUUUAUAUAGGCCUGAUAAGUUAGCUUUUCUUUUUUUCUUUUUUUUAAAUAGUGUUUGUGAAAGAACAAAGUGGAAUAUUCUACUUGAAGAUGUUAUAAUCUGUUUUUGGAUGAGUGCGUUGUAGAGGAUUUUGCUUGAAUCAUCUCUGUUGCAUUGGAAGAUCCACAUGACUGGUGAUGUCUGUUAGUGGGCGUCCUCGCUGGAGUCACUCUAGCUGUUGUACCAGCACAACUUUCGACCAGCCGGCGGAACUUCAUGCUGGUUUCAUUAUUUUACAGUUUACCAUUCACCUCAGUUCAUUGUUCCCCUCUUGAUUCAGUGAGGCCACAUCUCAAAAUGGCUUAGUACAUGGGUGUGUCAUCGUAAUGCUUUUUAUGGAUGACUUUUUCUCGUAAGUCAUUACAAUUCCUUUUGAUGUUAGAUUGCCCAUAAUUGGAGGACCAAAGAAUGAGGCAUUUAAGGAUGUUCUCCGAGAAGCAAUUUCUGAUCAGAGGAAAGAACUGAAGAAUUGCACAAAAGCACUAAUUGACGGGAAAUUGGUAUUAUAUUAUCUUAAAUACUGUAUUCCAGGUUUUUAUGUUGAUGAGGAAAAAAAACUACUGAAUCGCUUUCCACGAGUUAAAUUUUAUGUCUAAUGAUAAGCCCAUUAUUCCUGAUUCAUUUUCUGGUUUACAUUUCUGUUUAUGUAAGCCUUUUACUUUUCUUAACUGCAUGGAUUUCAAGGUUAACGAAGAUCUGCAAUGCAUUUUAGAGGGCACACACGAAGUUGAGUUGCUUCUCCCGUUUAUGAAUAAGGUGUCUUCUUAUGGUAUGCCCCUCUUCGUAUGCAGACAAUAUGGUCCAUUCGAUGCAGUAUGCUAUGCUCAUGCUGAAUAUUGCUUUUUCUGAUUAUUUUUUCUUAAAAGCAUUCAAAGAAGAGGAAAUUGUUGGCCUUCUUGUCUUUACGGGAGUGAUUCAUGCUUCUGCAUAUCUGUGUCCCAAAGAAACCGUUUCAGAAGCUAUUUCUGAAGUAAAGGUAUGAUUUCAUGUUAAAAACCGUUUCUGAAGUAAAGGUAUAAAUCUGCCCUCAAGUUAGGUUCUUGUUAAGUUUGACUUCUUUAGCAUAUUCUCCCUAGUUUGGUAUUGAUUUCAUGGGGAAAUGAGGUUGAGUUUUAUUUUUUCAUUGUCACCCAUUAGGUAUUCUAUUACUUCUUUUUAAAUAAUAUAUUUUGCCAGUUUACGUCGAACUUCUUCAUUUAAUUAUAUUUUUUCCAUUUGUGCAUCUCGUCUCCCAUUACGAUUUACUUUCUUCUUUUAGGAGGACAUCAUCAACAGCUUACAAAGUCGAUUAGAAAUUAUAUGUGAGGAAGCAGGUCUAACAGACUCAUCUGUCAGCAGCAGCAUAGAAUCGGAGAAGGAAACAUCAUUUGAUGGUGUCAAUUGCCAAAGUAUAUUGAAUAUGCUUAAGUGAGUGUUCUGUGUUGUUUGGAUCAAUUCCAUCUAAUGCUGAAACAGUUCUUCGAAAUAGUGAUUUAUUUUACUAAAAUUAAUAAAUCAUUCAGGUCUGGCAUGGGAUUGCCACCCGGUAGCUUAUUUCCAAUUAACCAAUGGCUGGUGAUUGAAGCCACUUUUGAUCAGGAUGGUGAUAGUGUUAGCUUCGACAAACAUGUUAGAUGAAGCGUCCAAUGCUUCUUCAUAUUCACAAAGCAUGCAUACUCUGUAGGCUAACUUUUGGCACUUCUUAAUUCACAGAUUGAUGCUAAUGUUUCCUUAGCUCACGCGAUUCUUGCGGAUCUAAAUUUCAUGCAGUUUUUCUAACUUAUCUCACUGCAUCAUCGUGUUCCUUGUAUGUGAAUGGCAUGUCGUGCUUGCCCUUAUAUUUCCGGUCGUAAUAAGAAAUUAAUUUCAUUGUUCAGAUGUCCAAAAACCUUUUAUCCUUAUGUUUGAAGUCAAUGCCCCUUUUCAGUUCAAUACACUAUUCAAUGCGGGGCAAUAUUUAUGUCAGCAAUGAAAAUCGAAAUAAAGAAUGGCAUUGAUGUUAUCUUGGAAAGCAUAUAUACUUUGAUGUGAUUGCUAAACUCAGACUUUUUUUUUAAAUGAGGGAGCCCACUGCCAGUGCGAAUGUAGUUUUCUCACAGCAUUCCUUUGAAACAGGUUCAAUUGCACUCUUUCUUUUCCGAGAAGGGUUUUGAUUCCUUGGCUGGGCAAUGUGUUUGUUUGUGAUUAUUUGCAACCGUCAGAGACACUCGAGGUUCGAAUGCCUAACUUCCAUAUCCCGUACCACUUUCUCUGGCAGGAUCACGGUGUAGAUUCAUCCUUCUGUCGUUUCAGAGCUUCCUGUCGGUUUCUCAUACAAUCAAUAUACUCUACCGAUCCCCUAAAGCUUUGCGAUAUUUUUUCACUGUCCUAAAUUCUUAAUUUAGAUGUUCACGUAGAUUUGUUUGAUGUGCCUCGUGUUCUGGCUCAUGGGUAAGUCAGGAUAAAAGAGAAAAAGGAGCAUGGGAGCUUUCCUUUCAGUAACUACCGGUUGCUAGAAAUUCUCUGACCUGACUCAACUAUCUGUUCUGCCCAGGUUCUUGGAAGCCACUGCGGGGAGAUGAUGGCGAUGGAAUCUCCCAUAGAUAACAAGUCAGUUCUGGAAGUGGAGAAAGAAGUCGCUUCUCUGACGAUAAGAUCAUUCUGGGACGCGGCUCUGGGAAGGUCAGCACCUCUGGCUGAUUGCUCGGGACGCCAUGGUGCGGACCAAAGGUCGGGUGGCAGUGAAUCGAAAGGUAGCAGCUCGAGCUCUCUAAUUGCCAUAGCUGUUCUGCUGUUCGCCAUUCUGGUUGGGUGGAUUAUAACAAGGACACUGGUCCAUUAA